UGGAGUGUCCAGAGGGGAAGGUCAAAGGGCCAAAGUUCAAAAUGCCCAAGAUGGACAUCAAAGCGCCCAAGAUCUCCAUGCCGGACUUUGAUCUGAACCUCAAAGGCCCCAAAGUCAAGGGGGACAUCGAUGUCUCUGUCCCCAAACUGGAGGGUGACCUGAAGGGUCCUGACCUGGACAUCAAAGGGCCCAAAGUGGACAUUGACCUGCCGGACGUGGAUCUGGAGUGUCCGGAGGCGAAGCUGAAGGGCCCCAAGUUCAAAAUGCCCGAAAUGAACAUCAAAGCGCCCAAGAUCUCCAUGCCGGACAUCGACCUGAGCCUGAAAGGCCCCAAGGUCAAGGGCGACGUGAAAACCCCGGACAUCGACGUCAAAGGGCCCAAAGUGGACAUUGACCUGCCGGACGUGGAGCUGGAGUGUCCGGAGGGGAAGGUCAAAGGGCCAAAGUUCAAAAUGCCCGAGAUGCACCUCAAGGGCCCCAAGAUCUCCAUGCCGGACGUGGACUUUGGCCUCAAAGGACCCAAGGUCAAGGGCGACGUGGACAUCUCCGGUCCGAAGCUGGAAGGUGACCUGAAGGGGCCUGAACUGGACAUCAAAGGGCCCAAAGUGGACAUUGAGGCCCCCGAUGUGGACAUUCACGGCCCUGAGGGGAAAUUCAAGAUGCCCAAAUUCAAAAUGCCCAAAUUUGGGAUGCCCGGGGUGAAGGCCGAAGGGCCCGAGGUGGACGUGGACGUGUCCAGCCCCAAAGUGGACAUUGAGUGUCCAGAGGUGGACGUUGAGCUGCCCGAGGGGAAGGUGAAGGGCCCCAAGUUCAAAAUGCCCGAAAUGCAUUUCAAGACCCCCAAGAUCUCCAUGCCGGACAUCGACCUCAACCUGAAAGGACCCAAAGUCAAGGGGGACAUCGAUGUCUCUGUCCCCAAACUCGAGGGGGACCUGAAAGCCCCGGACAUCGACAUCAAAGGGCCCAAAGUGGACAUUGAAGCUCCUGAUGUGGACAUUGACCUCCCAGAGGGGAAGAUCAGAGGGCCAAAGUUCAAAAUGCCCGAGAUGCACCUCAAGGGCCCCAAGAUCUCCAUGCCGGACGUGGACUUUGGCCUGAAGGGCCCCAAGGUCAAGGGCGACGUGGACGUGUCCAUCCCCAAACUCGAGGGUGACCUGAAAGGACCCGAACUGGACAUCAAAGGGCCCAAAGUGGACAUUGAGGCCCCCGAUUUCAAGACCCCCAAGAUCUCCAUGCCGGACAUCGACCUCAACCUGAAAGGACCCAAAGUCAAAGGGGACAUCGAUGUCUCUGUCCCCAAACUGGAGGGGGACCUGAAGGGUCCUGAACUGGACAUCAAAGGGCCCAAAGUGGACAUUGACCUGCCGGACGUGGACAUUGAAGGGCCAGAGGGGAAGGUGAAGGGUCCCAAGUUCAAAAUGCCUGAAAUGCAUUUCAAAGCGCCCAAGAUCUCCAUGCCGGACUUUGAUCUGAACCUCAAAGGGCCCAAAGUGAAGGGGGACAUCGAUGUCUCUGUCCCCAAACUCGAGGGGGACCUGAAAGGACCCGAACUGGACAUCAAAGGGCCCAAAGUGGACAUUGACCUGCCGGACGUGGAGCUGGAAGGGCCGGAGGGAAAAAUGAAAGGCCCCAAAUUCAAAAUGCCCGAAAUGGACAUCAAAGCGCCCAAAAUCUCCAUGCCGGACUUUGAUCUGAACCUGAAAGGACCCAAAAUCAAGGGGGACGUGGACGUGUCCAGCCCCAAACUGGAAGGUGACCUCAAAGGUCCUGAACUGGACAUCAAAGGGCCCAAAGUGGACAUUGACCUGCCGGACGUGGAGCUGGAGUGUCCGGAGGGGAAGAUCAAAGGCCCCAAGUUCAAAAUGCCCAAGAUGGACAUCAAAGCGCCCAAGAUCUCCAUGCCGGAUGUGGACUUUGGCCUCAAAGGACCCAAAAUCAAAGGGGACAUCGAUGUCUCUGUCCCCAAACUCGAGGGUGACCUGAAGGGGCCUGAACUGGACAUCAAAGGGCCCAAAGUGGACAUCGAGGCCCCCGAUGUGGACAUUCACGGCCCCGAAGGGAAAAUCAAAAUGCCCAAAUUCAAAAUGCCCAAAUUUGGGUUUUCCGGGCCCAAAGUGGAAGGCCCUGAAGUGGACGUGAACCUCCCCACGGGAAACCUGGACGUGUCCGGCCCCAAAGUGGACAUUGAAGGUCCAGAGGUGGACGUUGAGCUGCCCGAGGGGAAGGUGAAGGGCCCCAAAUUCAAAAUGCCCGAAAUGCAUUUCAAGACCCCCAAGAUCUCCAUGCCGGACAUCGACCUCAACCUUAAAGGACCCAAAGUCAAAGGGGACAUCGAUGUCUCUGUCCCCAAACUCGAGGGUGACCUCAAAGGUCCUGAACUGGACAUCAAAGGGCCCAAAGUGGACAUUGAAGCUCCUGAUGUGGACAUUGACCUCCCAGAGGGGAAGCCCGAGGUCAGCGUGGCCGGACCCGAGGUCAGCGUGGACAGUCCCGAGGGCAAAUUCAAACUGCCCAAGUUCAAAAUGCCCAAAUUCUCCAUGCCUGGGUUCAAGGGCGAGGGGCCGGACGUGGAGAUGACCCUCCCCAAGGGCGACCUCGACCUUUCCGGCCCCAAAGUGGACAUGGAGGCGCCCGAGAUGGGUGUGGACGCAAAGGUCAAAGGGCCCAAAUUCUCCAUGCCCGAAAUGUCCAUCAAAGGCCCCAAAAUCUCCAUGCCGGACAUCGACCUCAACCUGAAAGGACCCAAAAUCAAGGGCGAUGUGGACGUGUCCAUCCCCAAAGUCGAGGGUGACCUGAAAGGACCCGAAGUGGACAUCAAAGGGCCCAAAGUGGACAUUGAGGCCCCCGAUGUGGACAUUCACGGUCCUGAGGGGAAAUUCAAGAUGCCCAAAUUCAAAAUGCCCAAAUUUGGGAUGCCCGGGGUGAAGGCCGAAGGGCCCGAGGUGGACGUGGACCUGUCCGGCCCCAAAGUGGACAUUGAAGGUCCAGAGGUGGACGUUGAGCUGCCCGAGGGGAAGGUGAAGGGCCCCAAGUUCAAAAUGCCCGAAAUGCAUUUCAAAGCCCCCAAGAUCUCCAUGCCGGACUUUGAUCUGAACCUCAAAGGGCCCAAAGUGAAAGGAGAUGUGGACGUGUCCAUCCCCAAACUGGAGGGGGACCUGAAAGGACCCGAACUGGACAUCAAAGGCCCCAAAGUGGACAUUGACCUGCCGGACGUGGAGCUGGAAGGCCCUGAGGGAAAAAUCAAAGGGCCAAAGUUCAAAAUGCCCGAGAUGGACAUCAAAACACCCAAGAUCUCCAUGCCCGACUUUGAUCUGAACCUGAAAGGUCCCAAAAUCAAAGGGGACAUCGAUGUGUCCGUCCCCAAACUCGAGGGUGACCUGAAGGGUCCUGACCUGGACAUCAAAGGCCCCAAAGUGGACAUUGACCUGCCGGACGUGACCCUGGAAGGGCCGAAGGUGAAAAUGCCCGGCCCCAAAAUGGAGGUGAAAGGCCCCAAAAUGGAGGUGGAGGCCCCGGCGGUCGAUGUCGAUGGUUUGGAGGGGAAGGUGAAAAUGCCCAAAAUGAAAAUUCCCAAAUUCGGCUUCAAAGGCGACGGCCCCGAGGUGGACGCGGAUCUGCCCAAAGUUGAGCUGGGCCUAAGCGGCCCCAAAGCCGAGCUCAGCACGGAGGGGCCCAAAGUGAAAAUGCCCGAAAUGCACGUGAACCUCCCCAAAAUCUCCAUGCCCGAGAUCGAUUUGAGCCUGAAAGGACACAAAACCAAGGGCGGCUUCGAAGUGACCGCCCCCAAGGCCGAGGGUCAGCUCAGAGGGCCCGGGGUGGACAUCAAAGGCCCCGAAUUUGGGCUGAAAAGCCCUGAAUUUGGGCUGAAAGGCCCCGAAUUCGGGCUGAAAGGCCCCGAAUUUGGGCUGAAAGGCCCCGAAGUGGACGUGGAGGGUCCGGAGCUGAGCGUGGACGGCGCCGAGGUCAAAACACCCAAAUUCAAAAAACCCAAAUUCGGGUUCGGGAUGAGGAGCCCCAAGGCCGAGGUUGAGCUGCCCGAGGCCGAAGUGACCGCUGAGUGCCCCGAGCUCAGUGUGACCACCAAGGGCAAAAAAAGCAAAUUCAAAAUGCCCAAAAUCCACAUGAGCGGCCCCAAAGUGAAGGGCAAGAAGGGMGCGUUCGAGGUGGCCGCGGCCGGAGCCGAGGUGGACGCCGAGCUGGCGGUCAGCGGCCCCGAGGUGGCCGCCAAAUCGCCCAAGGGCCGCAAGGCCAUGUUCGGGAAAAUCUCCUUCCCCGACGUGGAAUUCGACCUGAAAUCGCACAGAUCCCGCGGGGACGGCCCCAAGGCCGAGGGAGAGAUGGACGUGKCCAUCCCAACGGUCAGCGGCGACCUCAAGGGCCCGAGCGUCGGCGUGGGCGUGGACGGGCCGGACGUCAGCGUCAAGAGCCCCAAAUUCCACCUGUCCGGGGACCCCAAAUUCGGGGUGGAGGUGACCGUCCCCACGCCGGACAUGGGGAAAGGACCAAACGGCGAAUUCGGCGUGGCCGGAGCGCGAGUGGACGGUCCGGAGGGGAAGGUGGGGUGGCCMAAGGGGGGGCUGGGGGUGGACGUGAAGCUCCAAGGGCCCCAAAUGUCCGGCGCCGGCCUCGAGGGGAGCCUGAAAGGACCAAAAUUCSAGGGAGAUUUGGACAUUUCGGGCUCGGCCCAAGGGCCAGGGGUCACUCUGGACGGGUCACUCGGGGGCGUGGAGGUCAAGGGGGGCUCCGUCCACUCCCCGGGGGCCUCUCUGGACAUCAAAGGGCCCUCUCUGGACGUGUCCGGAGCGGCUUCGGCCGCGGAGCUGAAAGGACCAAAGCUGAGCGGMGAUUUGAGUGUCCACUCCCCAAAAACGGCCGCGGACGGCGCCGGCCUGGAGGUCCUGGGGGGCACCAUCAAACUGCCCUCGCUCAAACUGCCCCAGUUCGGAGUGUCCGGCCCCGCUCCGGACAGCGGUGACACCGCAGCGGUCACUCUGCACGGGCCGGACCUUGACCUGAGGCUGAAAGGACCAAAGGUGGGCGUGGCUGAGGGGUCAAAGGUCAGCGGUGGCGGUGGUGUUGGUGUCCAGAUGGACGCUCCGGCCAUGGCAAUGUCCAGUUCCGGGCUCAAUGUCACCAUGAAGGGGCCAUCGGUCAGCGGUGGCGGUGUUGGUGGUGUUGGUGUCCAGAUGGACGCUCCGGUGGCCGCAGUGUCCGGUUCCGGGCUCAAUGUCACCAUGAAGGGUCCAUCGGUCAGCGGUGGCGGUGUUGGUGUCCAGAUGGACGCUCCGGCCAUGGCAGUGUCCAGUUCAGGGCUCAAUGUCACCGUGAAGGGGCCAUCGGUCAGCGGUGGCGGUGUUGGUGUCCAGAUGGACACUCCGGCCAGGGCAAUGUCCAGUUCCGGGCUCAAUGUCACCAUGAAGGGUCCAUCGGUCAGCGGUGGCGGUGUUGGUGUCCAGAUGGACGCUCCGGCCAUGGCAGUGUCCGGUGACACGAAUGUCACCGUGAAGGGUCCAUCGGUCAGCGCCGGCCCCGUCCACCCCUCCGGCCAGGUCAAGGUGUCCUUCCCCAAGCUGAGGAUGCCCAAAUUCGCCUUUUCCGAGUCCGAGCCCCGCGGCCGCGAGCUCGGGGUGGACGUGGAGUUCCCCGCGGCCGAGCCGGACGAGGCCGAAGCGCGGCUCAAGCGCUCCAAGCUCAAAAUGCCCAAACUGACCCUGUCCAAGCAGCGGGGGAGGGGCGCGGGGUCGCCGUCCGGCUCCAAGGGCAGCCUGGGCUCGGCCGAGGGCGAGCCGGACGCCGAAGUGACCGCGGCCAAAGGCAAAUUCUCGCUGUUCCGGGGCAAAAAGCCGCGGCCGCGCUCGUCSUCCUUCGGCGAUGACCACGCGGCCGAGCCGGACAUCGGCGCCGUCCGGCAGCCCAAGGGCAAAUUCGGGACCUUCGGGGGCGUGGGCUCCAAGGCCAAGGGCUGCUMCGAGGUGUCCGGCCAGGAGGACGCGGGACGGACGUUGGGGACGCGGCUGUCCCCGUCCUCAGCGGCCGAGGGGGCUGCGGCCAGCGCCGGACACGCGCGAGUGGCCACAGGGGAGGUGGCCAAAGGCAAAGAGUGACCGGUGCAGUGGGGGGAGGGGUGGCCAAAGAGUGACCGA